UGCCAAAACAGCACCAUGCACCUCUUGAUCAGGUUGUGCGUCGUUUUCAGUGUCUCCUAUGGCCUCUGCUCAGGGACAGAUGCCUCUCCGGAUCUCAUCACUUCCCUGCCAGGACUAUCUGAGAUGCCAACUUUCCAGCAAUGGUCCGGCUAUCUCCAGGCAGGAUCUGGCCAAUACUUCCAUUACUGGUUUGUGGAGUCUCAGGGCAACCCAGCGACUGACCCCGUAGUGCUCUGGUUAAAUGGGGGACCUGGUUGUAGUUCCAUGGAAGGCCUCCUGGCUGAGAAUGGACCUUUCCAUCUGAAUGACGAUGCAACACUCUACCUGAACCCCAACAGCUGGAACAAGGUAGCCAAUGUGCUUUACAUAGAAUCUCCAGCUGGAGUUGGCUAUUCCUAUGCCACAGAAGACAGCCCUAUCAAUGACAGCCAGGUAGCUGAGGACAACUACCAGGCUCUCCAGAGUUUCUUUGCUAAAUUCCCAGACUUUGCAAACAACGAAUUUUAUGUUUUUGGGGAAAGUUAUGGUGGAAUCUACGUCCCCACUCUCACUGCCAAGAUUGCGGAAGGAUCAGCAGGCAUUAACCUGAAGGGAUUUGGGGUUGGCAAUGGCAUGCUGAGCUAUUUCCUCAAUGAUGAGACACUGAUGGAAUUUGCCUACUACCAUGGAGUGUUUGGAGAUGACUUGUGGGCCUCCUUGAACGAAAACUGCUGUGAUGAUGGAACUUGCAACUUCUCCAGCAACAUGAACAGUGAUUGUGUCACAGCAAUAUCACAAGCCUAUGGAAUUCUUUAUGGAAUUGGCCUCAACAUAUACAACCUCUAUGCAUCAUGCUGGGGAGGAGCACACUACCAGGAGCGUUAUGAAGCCGAUCUGUCGAGCCUCUUCCACCACUACCAGUUUGAUGUUCCAGUGCCAAAAAUUGGCUCCAUCCCAGGAGUGCCACAUUGUAUAAAUGCCACCGCUAUGUAUGUGUGGCUGAACCAGGAUGAAGUCCGGCAGGCUCUCCACAUCCCCAGCACUCUCCCAGACUGGGAGCUCUGCAGUCCACAGGUUAGCGCUCAUUACCAAAGGGUGUACAGAGACAUGACUCCCUUCUACAAGUAUCUGCUGGCUCAGGACCUACGAGCAUUGGUUUAUAAUGGAGACGUGGACAUGGCCUGCAACUUCUUGGGGGCUGAACAGUUUGUUGAGUCUUUAAAUCAGACUGUGCUAAAUGAUUACCAGCCCUGGUAUUUCAAUGAUCAGAUUGCAGGAUUUUUCAAGGAGUAUGAGAAGAUCACAUUUCUCACUGUAAAGGGUGCUGGUCACAUGGUUCCACAGUAUAAGCCUGGACAAGCUCAGAAGAUGUUUGAAUGCUUCCUCUCCAAAGCCAGCUACAUCUGAUCUAAUGCCUUUUAAAAGAGUUAGUAAAUGUCACUGAAAAGUUGUGGGGAAAUGGUAUUCCACAUAGUACACAAUACUUUGUAACAUAGUAACAUAAUUGAAGC